UGAUGACGAUCAUGAUGAUGAUGAUGAAGAUGAAUCCAUUUCUGGUCGUAUAAUUUCAAUAUUUUAUGAAUUGGAAUUAUUGCGUUCGAAAAUAUUUCGGGAAAUUUCCACCAUUAAUAAUAAUCGAAAUAAACAACAUGAUGAUGAUAAAUAUGAUGAUUAUAGUGAAAUUUUCAAACAAAUCAGUAAACCAUUACAUGGUUUAGCAUCAAUUUUUAUUAAACUUCAAUAUGAAUUAUCACAACCAUGUAAUGAUGCAUUGAUUCAUUGGUUCAAUUCAUUACGUGAUCAACAUUUAUGGGCAUUUCGAAUGCUUGAUUCCAAUGGUCUUAUACCACAUUUAGGCAUUCUUUCUGGUCCAAUAUCAAAUUUUGGUGCAUAUGAUCAAUGUUUAGCUAUUAAAUCUGGUGAAAUUCGUGGCCAAUAUUGUAUGAUUGAAACAAGAUUAUCAUCAUCAUCAUCAUCAUCAUCAGUAUUGAAACAACGGCAAUCCGAAUCAUUAGAUGAAAACGAUGAUUUAUUUAUGAAACAUUCAUCAUCGAAUGAUACAAUUUGGAUGGAAAUCCAAAGAAAUCGUCGAUUAUUACCGGCAGCACGUUGGUAUCUAAGCGUUUGUCUACCAUCACAAUGUACACGUAAAGAUGUUCAAUAUCUGAUUGAUGAUCAAAAAUUAUUAGCAGAAGUGAAAAAUUGUCAUCAUUUAGAUGAUGGUAACUUACCGAAAAACAAUGUAAUAUUUCUCACUAUUUUCAUCAUCAUUUUAAUCAUCAUUUUGUUCACCAUCAUUGAUCGACGAUAUGUGAAUCGAUCGAAUAAUGUCGGAGAAAACAAAUCUAUUAACCAGAUUAAUCAACCACCAUCAAAAGAUCGAAUCGAAUCCAUUAUUGAUUCUGUUCGUUUGGUAAACAUUAUUCUUAUUAUAUAUUGGCAUACCUAUAUGUUUACAUGGAAAUCAUCGAUUCGUUUAUCAAUGGAACUUUUUCAAACAUUUCUUCAAUUAUCACCCAUACAAUUGAUGAUAAUUGGUUGGCCAUUAAUGGAAUCAAUGUUAUUUUUGGAAGCAUUACGUUUAUCAUAUCAAAUGUUUCGUUCAUCAAAACAAUCAGAUAAAAAAAAUUUUCAAAACAUUUUUCAACAUUUCUUUUAUCAUUUCAUACAACGAUGGUUCAAUAUUGUCAUUUUAUUAUUCUGGAUGUUUACAUUCAUUCCAAUCCUAUCGAAUGGACCACAAUCAUUUCGAUCCGUCGAAGCAUUAAAUGAAUGCCGUAAUGAAUGGUGGAAAAUAUUAUUGUUUGCAUCGAAUUUCAGUGAUCAUCAAAAUAGUUGUCUAUCACAUAUAUGGAUCAUUGCGGUUGAAUUUCAGCUUUUCAUAAUUAUUCUACCAUUCAUUUAUAUAAUAAAACGUAUGAAAAUGUCUCGUAAAACGGUAAUUAGUUUCGUUUUGAUUACAAUAAUCAUUGCUUGCAUUGUAACCACAUCUUAUUAUCAUCAAUAUGAUCGUAAUAUUAAACAACUUGUUCAUGGUACAAUGAUAUCGGAAACAGGAUUUAUGGAAGAUCUUUUUGCAAUGAAUAUAUCACCAUUAUUUCAUCUAUGUUCAUAUAUUUUGGGAUUAUUAUUCGGUUAUUGGAUAUCGAUAAAAUCUAAUCAGAACAAUAAUAAUAAAUGGCCAAAUCUUACGCGACGAUCCAAAGCUAUGAUGGUGGCAAUCAUAUUGGCCAUAAGUAUUGUGAUUGGUUGGUUUUUACUAUUUCAUCAAUCAUCACAUUGGUCACCAAUGAUAUCAAGCAUCAUACUUGGAUCAUAUCGUUUCAUUUGGUCAAUGUGGUUGAUCAUAUUAUUCAUUUUUAUUUGUGAUUUUAAUGCAAUACUGGAAUAUUGUUCUGAAAAAUCCAAUUUGAUUCAUAUGAUUAGUCCAUUAGCAUUUCAAUCAUAUCUAAUACAUUAUUUGGUCAUUAUUGUUCGUGAUUCACAACGUCGUCAACCGAUUGUAUUUGGCCAUAUGAAAAUGUUUGAAGAAUUUCUACUCAAUCUUUUCAUAAGUUUAUUAUUAGCAUGUUCGAUACGAUAUUUUGUUAGUGAGCCAUCAUGUCGAAUCAUUCGAUAUUGUUGGAAAACAAUGGCCAAAGUGAAUUCGGAAAAAAAAUCCAAAUGGCCAUCAAAAUUAUCAAUAAAAUCUUCUUCACGAUCAUCAUCUUAUCAAGAGAUGGCAAAUAUUGUCGACAACAAUACAAAUGACAAUCAUCAUCAUACUGCAAAUAAUUCAAAUGAAACAAUCAUUGAUCCAGCAAGUAUAUCGACAUCAGUUGAAUUAACAGCAUUAUUAUCAUCAUCAUCAUCAUCAUCGAAUUCUAAUGGAAAAAAUAUGUCACAAAAUUAGUCAUCAUAGUUGAUAAUGAAUUGUACAAACCAUAAAUGCCAGUGUUCCAUAUAUUAUUUGCCAAAAAAAUUUCACAAAAAAAACAUACACACUAUUUGUAUGAAUCAUUAAACAGAUUAUGUUGAAUUUCA